GAAAAAACUGGCUCUGCAGUCUGAAAGCACUAGAAGCCGCUAUCGCCAUCAACGACGACGACAACACUUACUAUACCGAAAUAUCACCCGAUAUCACCUUACUCAGCAGAUAUGAGGCAUAUGGUCACGGAGUGCCAGGACCCCCAGCACUUAGUCAGAUCCUGGCAUCAAGAUAGACCUUGACCCUAAUGGACGACGGUACCGCGGGCCUACUCAGGUAUGUUAUACUGCCUACGACACGCGCUUUUCCGAGACCGCCAUCAAGGCUUUCGUGUGCAGGGACACGGUCCCGGGAAACUUCGACCCUGACUCCCUCAGAUUUGCUCGUGUCCCACAUCUCUGAUUCAUGCCUCCCUAGACGGAGUGUGGCACACUCUUUCAUGGUCUUAUUGCUAACCGCCCGUGCAACAAUUGCACUCAGAUCAGUCUCAACACUUCACAAAUCGAGUGCGCGACAAUCCGGACAUGCCGUUUGUUCCGUAGAUAGCUUCGAUCAGUGUUCUUCGCCACGCUUAUCAGAGCAUUGCCACCGAUUCCCCUGCCUACAGCCAUCCCAGUGGGCUUGGGUUUGGGCACGCGGCAAGGGAUUG